CUUCCGGUAAAAUGGAAAUCUGCGAUUAUUUUUGUUAGUCACCAAAGCGCUUCGGCUGUCGUGGUAUAUUACACUACUGGACGCAAAAACGUCAAUUCAUGCAAAAACACAGAAGAGUUCAAUUUAGUUCACACAAGGUAUUCAGACAGACUUUAUUUACCUGUACCUACACAUCACAAAGAUAAGAUCACAGGACAAAAAGCAAUACCAUGGAUGACACAGAGGAUGGACAUGGGGACAUCACUGAUGCACCACUCAGUAGAAGAGGUCUCAGAGUUGCUCCAGAGGCAGGCAGGCCACAGCAAGUUAGUUCCAGUGGAGACCACGAUAUGGAGUAUCCCAUGACUUAUGAAAAUAGAGGCCUUGCCGUCAUUUUCAACAACCGCAACUUUGCGUCACAUACAGGUAUGGCAGAGAGACGCGGCACGGACCAGGACGCAAAUGGGAUUGAGAACAGACUUCGCGCGCUGGGAUUUGACGUGCAUCGCUUCGACAAUGUGACUUGUUAUAGGAUGUCGAUGACUAUGGCCGAUGUUGGACGCAGAAAUCACUCCCAAAAUGACUGUGUGGCUUUGGUAAUUUUGUCACAUGGUGAGGAGGGGAAAGUGUAUGGCACAGAUGGCAUUAUAGAGGUGGACCAGCUACUUGCCCCUCUCAAGGGUGACAGAUGCUUGACUUUAGCAGGGAAACCAAAGCUCAUUUUCAUUCAGGCUUGUCGAGGCACUAAACUGGACGGAGGUGUAGAGGUCGCUGAUGCAGAAAUGUGGGAAGACGGUAGGACCCAUGUGCACAGAAUUCCUGCUGAGGCAGACUUCCUCAUUGCUUACUCUGUGGUGCCAGGCUUCUUUUCCUGGCGUAACUCGAUGAACGGAUCUUGGUUCAUGCAGGCACUCAUUCAGGUCCUGGGAGACUACGGUCAACAGUUGGACAUCCUAAGCUUGAUGACCAUUGUUAACAGGAAGGUGGCCUAUGAGUUUGAGUCCAAUGCAGCCUCCAAGGCAAUGAGCAAGAAGAAACAGGUCCCAUGCAUAACCUCCAUGUUAACCAAGCUGGUAUAUUUUAGGCCAAAACACUAAGAGAACCCAGGCCCUGAUAAAUGCCCAGGAUGGGAUAUUAACAGGACAGUAUUUCAACAUUUUUUAAUCAUUUUCAGGGUGCACAAUUGGCUUGGAAAAUUGGAAAGGUAUUUUGGAUUGGAAGAAAAAUCAGGAUUUCAACAUCAUUAUUAUUAUUAUUAUUAUUAUUAUUAUUAUAUCUGGUAAACCUUGAAAAAAUUCCAGUUGGUGAAAGAUACUGAUGAUGACUCUUCUUUAAAAAAUAUCAUGACAGUAUGAUAAACUUUUAAAGGAUAACCUUAUAAAAUGAUCUCAUAUGUUCUCAGAGAGUAUACAAUAUUAAGCAAUCAGUGAUAAUGCAGGGUGGUCCCGUCACAACCUUAUAUGCAAGUACAGUGGAUAAGAUUUAGAAGCUCAUUUAAUUAUGGUCUUAAUGUUAUCAGUAAUCAUUUCCACAUUGUUCAUUUGUUGAGAUAAUUAAUGCAAUGGAAGAUUUUUGUCAGAUUUAAAGAGGCAAGACUGUUUCAGUCACAUUUAUAUGAGGAAAUAAUGUAAUAGAUCUGCUUAAGUAUAUGUUAUUCAGUAGAAAGAUUUAUCCCACAGUAUAUUCAGGCCCGUAGCCAGCAAUUUCAAAAGGGGGGUUCUUUUUCUGAAAAAGUGGGCCUUUUUCCAUAAAAAAGUG